CGGGGAACUAGGCGGGCUGCAUCGAGUGUGAGGCUGGGCCUCUCGCCUGCUCCCGAAAGCCUCGCGAGGCUUCACGCAGCGUUCUUUCCGAGGGCGGUGCCGGGGCCAGGCGCAGGGACUUGGGGGCCAGGAAUGGCGUCCGCAGCGGCUCGCUGGCUGGUAUUCGCACCCGCCCGAUCCGUGGCUCUCCGGAGGGGACCGACCUCGAAGAAAGAUGGCGGCAUCUCCGCCGGACUGGGCGGAUCAGGUCGGAGCCUGGUACCGUCGAGGUCAGUCAUCGUUACUCGCAGCGGCGCCAUUUUGCCCAAGCCCGUGAAAAUGUCCUUCGGCCUCCUCCGGGUGUUCUCCAUCGUGAUCCCCUUUCUCUAUGUCGGGACGCUCAUUAGCAAGAACUUUGCUGCUCUGCUCGAGGAGCACGACAUUUUUGUCCCAGAGGACGACGACGACGACGACUAACGGGCCGGGAAGUGCGGGAAAGAGCGAGCCCUAACUGAAUUAAGAAACGGUGAUGCUUACAGCUUCUCCUCCCUGCCUGCCACAGAAGGGGCCAGGGCAGCCUCCUGCGUGGUCCGUGGCCACAGCCCGAGUCCCAGGCUCCGGGAGGGCCCCUGAGCGGUGCUGUCCACGGAGCACAAUCAAACGAUGAAUAAUAAACAUGGUAAACGUC